AUGAGCCAGGAGAACACUCAAGAUGUUGGCGGGAAUAAUCGGACCCUCGUCAUCACACUUAGCACGGUCUUAUCAGUCGUCGGCGUUGUCGUGAUAGCGAUAACCCUAUAUCUAUGCCUCCGCAACCGAAGGAGGCGGGCAAAGCUCUUCAACAGAGGAGUGACACCGAUAGACGAUGACGAGAUCGAAUCCUGGAAGGUCAACAGAAAUGUCAACGAGAAGGGUGGGGGCCGAUUUACUUCGCGCAACUCAGCCAUGUCGACUCGCGCUCACAGAAAGGCUCCAAGCAACAGUGUGAUACAAUACCAAAGUCAGAUACGAUCUUCAAUCGAUGCCGUGCCUCAGUCACCUCGGUGUUUCAUUCACAAGCAUAGUUUUGAGAUGCCGCAGUCGCCACAGGCCGCGGUACUGGCACGAGCGCCUAAUGCCAGGUCGGGUCUUACAGACGAGACUGUUGCAGGCGAAAAACCAUUUGUCACCGUCAUCUCCCCGAAGCGCCAGUCGUCAAGGUUGCACAAAUCGCCACCAGGACCGAACGGUAGCCGCACACGCGGGUCAAGGGGCUCCAGGAGUAGCAGCGUAAGGAGCUUUAGUUUUGGUGAUACAUAUUUUGGCGAAAACAUGACAGUCUCGCCACGUACCUCCAACGACUAUCACUCGGCCAACCGUGUUCCUUCGAGAGUAUACUCGACCUCGACAGCGCCUCCCCGAGUCUCCUUUGGUGAGAAUUUGAAUGCCGCAUUCGCAUCACUGAGCGACCAUGAGCCGUUAACCACCGUCCUGUCACCCCCACCGUUGCAUCGCACAGAGAUUGGUCGGGCAAUUGGCUGA